AUGGAGUCUACAGUAACAAUUUUAUGGAUUGCUCUUUUUGUAAUUACACUUCCAGAAACUGUUACAACAGAAUCCCCAUAUGCUGGAACUGUGUCGGUGGUCAAUUCCUGCGCUUCAAUUAAACUUGAUAAGAUAAGAAACGCUAGCUGUUCCUUCGAUAAGGACAUGUGUACCUAUCAGAAUCUGAAUCCUGACGCUAGGUGGGUGCUGAAAAACGAGAAAGUGGGAGGAUGGCUUGGAUUUGGAAAAACAGGAGAACACACAAACAACGGAGGGUACUUCAUUCAACCGAACACAGGUUCAUCGAGGGCUUUGAGAGGAGCUUCGUUUGAAUUGGCACUGCCAGAGAUAUUGGCAGGUGCUUUCUGCCUAGACUUUUGGUAUGAUGAAAGAGGUAGUUCCGUAUCCAGUCUUCAGGUUAUCGUAGAGUGCCCAGCUGGUCGCAGGAAUAUAGCUUGGCAAGGGCACACGGGAUCUCAUUCAUGGAAGCAUGUAGCAUUGCUCUUACACAUGGAAACUCAAUACAAGGUGAUAUUUAAAAUGGAGAAAGAGGACAGUUCUCGCGUGACUGGCUUAGAUGACGUCAAUGUUUACUCUGUGGCAACCAAUGAAACACGGAGCAAAAGCCAACACCUGUAUUGUGAGCAGACGACUGCUGUUAUGUUCCUUGAUGAAAUGACAACAGCGACUAUUCCAAACGAGUUCUACGGAAAUGAUUCCGAUAUCAACUGUACUUUCGAAAACGGUUCCUGCACAUGGCAUGUAGGUAAAGAUAGCGACUUCAACUGGCACAUUGGCAACAGCAACGGGACACAAGAGUUAUCUGCUCCUAGAUCGGAUCAUACCACUGGCAAUGGAAGAUAUGCCUACAUCCGGGGAUCUGAGGCUCGGAGGAGCACAUGGAAAGCUGUACUCGAGAGUAACACUAUUGAGUCGGAAGUACCUCUGCAGUUUUCCUUUUGGUUUAUAAUGAAUGGUAUAGGUGUUGGGUCCCUCAGUGUCUUCCAGAUAUCAUCUGGUAAUGUGAGGCAGAAGGUGUGGUCACGUACUGGCCGUCAGGGGCCAGACUGGACACAGGCAGUCAUGGAACUCACUUCUGGCUCGUACACGUUAGUGUUCGAAGCCAGUACCAAGUACCACUAUCUGAGCGACCUGGCUAUCGACGACACCAUUCUCACCAACAUUACCUUGACAACGACAACGGCUGCUCCGACCACCACGCAGCUGUCCCCCGUGUCCCUUCCGAUAUCAUGUGACUUUGAGGCGGAUAUGUGUGGGUUUUACCCACCGUCUUCAGAUCCUGGCUACGUUAUGUGGGAGAGAACACCGAGUCCACUGACUGUUCUCAGCCGUGUGUACGUCAUUGGAGACAACACGACGGGAUCAGGUUCGUUUCUGUCACUUCGAGCCAAUGGCGCCGAGGCACACCGCGGAGAUGUCGCGUCGAUAGUUUCACCGGCCUUGGAAGCACAGACAGGUGCUUGCCUUCGCCUUGCCUACAUCAUGCCAAGUACUCUCAGUGGUACAAUCACCGUUUAUAAGAGAAACGUACAGACCGGAGAGUUGCGGUUAUUGGAACAUCUCAGCGGAUAUUACGGCCAAGAUUGGCAAAGUCUUCAGGUCGAUGUACAGAGUGAUACGACUUUCCAGAUAGAAAUUAAAGGAUCCUAUGCCGGAGAACCAGGAGCAGUUAUCGGAGUCGACGAUAUGGCUUUGGAAAAUGCACCAUGCCCCAAAACAACACCAUCCCCUCCGCCAACGACAACAACACUCCCUCCUCCGCCAUUCGAGGUCAGUCACGUGUGUGGAGACCACGAUGAGCAGGACAUUUCUAAUAUGUCCUGCUCAUUUGAUUCGACUGUAUGUUCGUAUUCCUCAAUCGGAGACAAACUGCAAUGGAUUCAACACAACGAUUCUUAUCACAUCAUUCCGGGAGGAAAAACAGGACCUUAUAUCGUCAUUAACACGGCGGAUGUAUCAACACCACAUGGAUCCACAGCACAGCUAAAAAGUCCUAUCUUUAAUGGUCCAGACAUAUGUCUGACCUUUUGGUACAUAAAUCCAUCCUCGUCUUCUAAUUUAGAGGUUUCGAUUGAGUUCAUUUCCGGUGCUAAAUCAUUGAUUUGGUCAACAGAUGGACAUGAACAUUCCGAAUGGCAAUCGGUCUCACUGUCAGUGAAAACCAAAGCAACCUACAGGCUUGUAUUCCAAUCGAAAAAAUCUAAUACGUUUGGACCGGUCGGAUUAGACGAAAUAUAUGUUUAUGAAACUUCAAUGGUUUCCGUACCACCUCCAUCAAAAUCGACAAAGACAACCCACACGGUCAGUGCAUCCACGCUAUCGUCAACUCAGCUGAGAACGGCGCCUGCGUCUUCAACAUUGCCACCUAUAUCCGAUUCAGUAACUUUCUCUUCACUUUCACCAAUAAUUACCUCAACAUCGUUACCAAACUCUAGCAUUCAAAGCUCAGGAAGGACCUCAACAUCCAAUCUUGCAAGUACAAAGACGAUAUCAGUUUUUUCGAAGACUGUGUCAUCACAAAUGCCAAGCGUCGUUACUUCAUCUGUAACAAAAUCAGAAACAGCUGAGUUGACAGUGACCGAUACUGUUACGCCAGAUAAUACACUGACCACCAAGAUCACAUUCAAUGAAAGUAACAAUGAGAAAUCUACAGAGAACAACAGUAGUACAAAUACAAAGGCUUUGGCAAUAGGGCUUAGUGUGGGUGUAUUUGGACUCUGUGGAAUCGUGUUAGCAGGCUACCUUCUAAAAAGGAAUAAAAAAAUUGAAAAUCAGAAGGACCCGAGUGUUCCAAUGAAAGACGUGAAACAGACCAACGCAAUCCAAAAUGGAAUUGAAACCAAUAAAACAACAACAGGUGUAAAUGUGAUUUGCUAUAAAAAACUCGAUGUGUAG